AUGAGCACUGAUAAUGUUGCCCUAAAGUUGUUAAAUCGGACUAAAUACGCCCAAAACAGGACAAAGUACUACACAGUCAGGAACACCGUGUUAUCGCAGACCGAAAGGCCCUUUUUCUCCACCGGCAGCUUCUAUGACCCGAAAAACAACAGAAAACUGCUCUCUCUUAAAAAGGCCUUUCUGAAUAGGCGCGCUUCCAGACGCGGCCCCUUUCAAAAGUUCAGCCUUCCUCACGAGUAUCAUAAGACCUUUGGCGACCCCUCGUAUUACUCUCAUUCGGAGCUGGUUGCGUCGUGUGUGUCCGCUUCUUCUGAGAACAUGUGCGACUCUUACUUCUGGAAGCAAAUAUGUACGUUUUCCUGUCCCAUGAUUACUUCAGGCGAGAAGAUCCGCGAGGUGCGUGACGUUAUCAGCAUUGGUGACCUGUUGAAGUGUGUGUCGAGCGUGGCAAAGGUGAAUUGCUACGAUAGGGACCUGUUUCGCGUCCUUUCCAGGGAGUUUGUGGAUGACGUGAGGAAGCUAUCCCUGGAGGAAGCCGCGGAACUACUUCACUGCUACUACAGACAGAAUGUGUACUCCUGUGACUUGGUUAACUCGGUGGGCAAAAUGGUCACUUCAAGCAUAAUUAAGGGGCUCCAGAGCACCGAGAGUGAAAACUCGGAGUCUGAGCCCAGGGGUGUUUUGGGUAAGAUAAAGGACAUUAUGCCCGGAAACAGGGCUGUGAACGCUGAUUUUGGUUUGCGGCCCCUCGCCAAAAUUCUGAGGUACUGCCAUUACUUUGGUUACGCUAAUCCUGACUUCUACUUGUCAGUUGCAAAAAUAUUUAUAAGGUGUAGUUCAAGCAUGGACUUUGUGUCCAGACUUGAAAUGUUCACCUAUCUGGAUCCGAAACUGAUGUUUGCUGAACCAGAAGAAUCGUCUGAUUCUGUUGCACCAGUUUCUAAAGAACCUACUGGUCAUGACGUUGCUAGAGAUAUGGUUUCUCAACUCUUGGACUCCGUCGAUCUGAUUAAUGGCCCAGAUUUGUGCCAUGAGAACACCUUUGAAAUGUCAGUGCUCCUUUCGUCGCACCUCUUCAGGGUUCCUGAGAACUCGAAACUGGUCCACGACCUGUGCGGUGCCUUAUCGUCUUCUAGGCUCAUUUCAAAGGCAGUUUUUAGAUAUGCUUCAAACUGCACGUACUCGGAUCUUGGUUGGAGGGAGCCCCUGGGUCAAUUUCUUGCCCUUUUAUCAAGGUGUUGUGGCGAGUCGACGCCCGUUAUGUCAAGAGUGUCAGCGCUGACUCAGGGACUGAGGGUGCAAUCGCCGUUCGUUGACUCUCUGGAGAACCUGUUUAUGGACUCCAUGCUCACCUGUUUUCGCGUUCUAAACAUCUGUUGGAGACUCAAGCUUGGGCGCGUUGAUGCUAAGGAUGACCGUCAGCUUUGUAAGAAGCUCAGCUUCAGCUUGGAGGACGACAAUGUGCACUCACGAUUUUUAAGGGAGUUUGGCAAACUUAGUCUAUCCAGCACUGAAAUGGAUCUAAUAUCGAUGGUGGUUGAGUCUAUCAACGAGCGCGGCUGCAAGGGCCAGAGCGUUGAGAACUUAACAUCUUCAUUCGAGUGUUUAACUGCACUCAUCAACAACAGUGGUGGUAGCAGACCCCUGUCACUCCCCUCAAGUCUCAGGGAGAAGGCCUCUGAGGCCAGUGACGCCGUUUCCAUGGAGAUUGUCAGACAACUCGUCGAUUUUGACCGGGCCUCCUUGUACCGAGUCUCUCUUUCUCUAAGUACUUCUGAUGCCAAGAACGUGCACUUGGACCACUACGUCAACUACUUUCCCAAAAUCACCAGACGUAUUCAUGAGAGGCAUCACGUAUCGCUUCCUAACCCUCUGGAGACCCAUAUUGGCCUUUAA